AUAAAUCAAAACUUUUGGACCCUGACGAAUAUCUCAAAGGCGAUGAUAUGGAAGAAGACUUAAAAGAUUUCACAGUUGUUACCAAAGCUACUCCCUUUGCAGUUGCUAGAGUUUCAGUUCGUCGUGUAAAUUUGAUGCAUUCUGUAAUUGUCUAUUUUGCGAUGUCAGACGCAGCUACCGCAGCCUUACAUGUGACUAUUCCUGAUCUCAAGAUCAACACAUUCUGUGACUUCUCCCAAUACAAAGCUGAUAUGCAAUUUAACGAAAGAACUAUUCAUGUCACCGAUAUUCCUCUACAAAUGAAGCCUGCUAAUAUCAAACAAGUUUUCACCAAAUAUGGAUCUAUUACCAAUUUUAAAAUGAUAGUAAGAGGUAUGUGGCAACAUGCCUACAUUACUUACGAAAAUCCCAAAUGCAUUGAGCUAUUUUAUCAAGUAUGGAGUCAUUUUGUUCAAAAUGAUUCCCAAGAUACUAGAGACUUUUCACCAAAAGAACGUUAA